AUUUUAAAAAAAAUCUGCAUUUAAUGUCAAAUCAUCGAACAGUAUUUUCGACUGCUAAUGUCUGGGCGUGCAUCAGCAGUGGACGACUUCUUACGUGCUUCGCUCAGGUCCUCUUAAGGGAGCUUUUUAAAAUGAUACCCUCCUCAUACAGCCUCACAGAAAUUCAACGACGGAUGGAUGAAGUCAAGCGGUUUCUGAAUAUAACUCUGAGCAUCGCCAAUGCUCACACGGUGGAGUUUUACACUCACGACGUGUGGAACCGUUUCAUGGCGGUGCCACCUCAGGAGGUCCUGUCAACAGUGAGCACAUGCAGUGACCAGCAGAGGGAGCCCGAACACAACGCAAAAGAGCAAGCCGGGACCACCUUCGGGUUUUGCAAUGAUACAAACCGGCUGGUUGAUACCCGUGAACUGUUGCAGGCGGCCAAGGCCCACUCUCUUCCUGGCCUUGGAGUCUGUAUGAGCAGGGAUGAGCUACUGCAGGCCCUCAGAGAGAAGAGGGAAGAGAAUGGUGCUGAGCUGGAGCCAGAUGAGUUCAUGAACUCUAAGAAAUCUCAUGAGGUCCAGUCCAUGUCUGAGGUGGUGGCCUGUCUGGCUCAGCGCUGUGGAGUCAAACAGGUAAUAGAUAUAGGCUCGGGAAAAGGCUACCUGAGCUCCUUCCUGUCCCUGCAGUAUGGCCUCCGGGUCUACGGCAUCGACUCCUCCACCACCAACACCCACGGAGCCCAGGAGAGGAACAGGAAGCUGAAGAAGUUCUCCAGGGCAUACCAGAAACACAGCAAGGCAAUGAAGGCACAGAGCGAGGCCACUCACUCACCUCAGGAGGAGUUAGCAGAAAUAAAGCCCCUAAUGAAUGGAGGCGAUGAUGUUUUAUAUGUCGAUGGGGAAAGUGUUAUGUCACAGGAGGAGGAGAAGGUGUUCAUCGGCUUGUUAGAGGUCAAACCUGCAAUGGAGAGGCAUCAAGAGCCAAACCCAGAAACAGAGGAGCUCUUCCUCGGUGCCCUAUCGGUAGACGUGAUACAGACUACAUCCCCCCGAGUUCCCCCCAGCCAACUGAGUGCUGAGGAGAGGGAGAGGAGGAAGAGGGAGAACCUGGAGAGGAAAGCUCAGAACAGAAGCGAUGGCGCCAGCACCGUGUUUUCACCCCUCACGUCUUAUGUUACUGCAGAAACGGAGCUCCGAGAGCUGAUCAACGAGCUGGAGGACGCGGUCAUGGUCGGCCUUCACACGUGUGGCGACUUGGCUCCCAGCACCCUGAGGAUGUUUGUGGCUAAACCGGAGCUGGCCGCAGUCUGCAGCGUGGGCUGCUGCUAUCACCUGCUGUCUGAGGAGUUUGACCCUGCUGGACAGGGGUGUUUGGACGGUAUGUGUGGUUUCCCUCUGAGUCAGUACCUCCGCGACCGGUCCUGGUUCUGUGGCAGAAACGCCAGGAUGUCUGCUUGUUUGGCUCUUGAGAGAGUUUCGCUCGGCCAAGGGAUUCAGAUGGAGUCUCUGUUUUACCGGGCAGUUCUUCACGUUAUUCUGAGGGAUCACUACAGCUCCUUUAAAAGUGAAAAGCGAGUUGGGAAUGUCUAUUCCAAGGCCAAAUCGUUUGUGGACUACGUUCGUCGAGCUCUACGCCGACUGGAACUGGAUGAAUCACAGCUUUUGGACAGUGACAUCCAGGGUUACCACGACACAUACAGGCCGCGAAUGGACGAGAUGCAUGCCUUCAAUAUGUUGAAGGUGGCGCUGGCCCCAUGCAUCGAAGGUCUGAUUCUCCUCGAUCGCCUCUGCUACCUGAAAGAACAGGUGGAUUUAUCAUUCUCUGCACUGGUGCAACUCUUUGAUCCCCUACUGUCACCAAGAUGUUACGCUGUUGUUGGCCUGAAGAGUUACAAAGUCAGAAUUUAAUGCUGAUGAACUUAUACAUAUGCGCAUGAUGAUAAUACGCAGGUCAUAAUUAUACAUGAUCAUAUCAGCAAUCUUCAGAAGUGAUUGUAUUAUGUAUGUAUUCUCUCCUGAUUGUUUUAAUUAUAUGUAUGAUUUAAUCAAAAUUUUAUAAGUUAUUUAUGCUGUCUCUGGAUUACUUUCAGUACCAUCUUCUUUUGUUUUAUAUGCUUAAUAAAUUUUUUAAUUUUUGUA